GAGCCCUACCCGACUAACAGAGCUAGAGGCACCCCUACUGCAGGUACUAUUGACGCUUCGUAUAAAGGGGAAAUUCCUGUGUAUACGGCGGAUUUGUCGGCGUACCCGGAGAACGAGACAUCCGGGGCAUGACACAUCGUACAAACACCCACAUAGAUAUUUUAGUGGGCCACAGAGCAUUGGGCACGAAAAGAUCAGUGUCUGAAGAGUUCAUCAAUGAUUGGGAUAAUAAAAGGCUAAAUGCAGGGCAUGCAAUUCGGCUCAACAUGUGGUGCCCAGUUCUUUAUUGCAAUAAUCCUUACUUAAUUAACCCAGGCCCCCAAUUUAGAAUACCAAACUUUUGCUUUCCCUUGCUUUGUAAUGUAUAUAUAAGUGUAGUAAUGACACAUACUGCAAACGUUAUUUAUUAAGUACUUAUACUCCUUUUGUGUGGCUUAAUUUACCUAACCAAAAGCAUCUUUCGUGUUAAUUAACUUAAUUAAUUCCAUCAUCAACAAAUUUUUUCUACGCAAACUUUUUUGUUUUCCUUUCUAAUUUGCUAGGCUAAUAGGGGCCAACACUGUAAAAAAAGUGAGUUCUUAGCCACUAUAUAACAAUCGUCUUUUGUGAAAUCAUUUUGUGGCUUGAUUGAGCUGUAGCCUCCAAAAGCUUCAGUUAGAUGCAUCUGCAUUGGAUCCGCGAGCAAAUGAUUAAAAUGAUUAAUAGCUCUGCAGAUUUACUUGCAAUGUGUAAAGAAAAGGGAUUCUUUGUAGUAGUUCUAUUUUUGUUAUUUGCAGGUAAGCAUGAAAUCUUGUUUUGCUGCUGAUUUUAGGAGUUUAUAAGAUUGUAGAUCUUUUCCGUCGGCUUUUGUAUAUAUUUUUGGUGGAAUUUAAGUGGGAGAGUAUGAUUGUGUGAUGAUGUUGAUUUGGGAAGUUUUGCAAACAAGAUAUCAAACCCUUGUUAGUCCUUCUGAUUCUAUUUUUGGUUGUGCAGCAUAUAAGCAUUGGAGAUGUUUGUUAGCAGAGGUGAAGGAUCUCUCUCUCUCUCUCUCUCUCUCUCUCUCUCACCUUAGGUCCAAUAGAACUGUUUUAGGGACAAGUCAGUACCUGAUCCGCCAACUGCCGUUCUCCUACAUAGGAUUCUAGGCUGCAGGAAGAAUUUGGGAAAUUACAAAAUGUCCUCGAGCUCUCGAAGAUUGCGCAAUUGCAAUAUUGUCACUUCUACCUCUCAAGAUGACUUACAAGGUCAAGAACCAGUAGGAGAGAAGCAAGUACCAUCUUACUCGAAAACCUCGACAAAUUCAAGUAACACCGAGAUUGAAAAUAACAAUCAAAAUGAGUUGUUUCUUUGGAUCAUUGGUGCAGAUAAAAAUCGACGUAAGAAGCGAGGAAGAACAACACUGGCAGAUGUGUGGAACCUUCUUGAAGGAGAAAGGAUUGAUGUGGAAGUUGAUAAAUACGGGGUUCCAUGCACCUAUGCAGGAUCGGUCCUUGGAUCAUUUUUAGGAGUAAUCGCGAAGAAUGGAACGUUUGCUCCUUUAAAUAUUCCGCGGUGGGAUAAUCAAACAUUUAAUCCAUUCAAAGAAAAAAUGCUAAAGCAUAUUGAGGCGAAGUUUAGAUAUCCCGAGGGAACAAGACAUUGGGUGUUGGCAUCAUUGAACAAAAAAUGGAGAGAUUACAAAAGUGAAUUAAAAAGUGAAUACUUUUCAGAUGAUAAACCGAUCCAAGAAUUAGUUAACAAUGUGCCACUUGGUGUGAUUAGAGAUCAAUGGACUAGUCUAAUAGCACAUUGGUCCACUGAGGAAAGUAAGAACCUUUGUCGAGUUAAUUCAACUUCUGCAAAAUUGGUGAAGAUGGUGCACACAUCGGGCAGAAAAAGUUAUGCAAGGAAGCGAAAGGAAAUGGAAAUUGCUCUUGGCAAAGAACCGGAUCGGCUAACUUUUUGGGAGGUAACUCAUAAGAAAAAUAAUGGAAAUUUUGUGAAUGAGGAUGCGGGGAAAAGUUUGGAUGCAGCACGUGCAAAGUUUGUUACACUUUCACAAGGUUCCGAAUCUGACACAAACAAUUUAAUGGACAAAGCCUUUAUAGAUAUCAUGGGCCCUGAACACAAUGGCCGUGUGAAAGACUUAGGAUUGGGACCUACGCUAAGAUCAUAUUAUGGCGUGAAGCAUAUAAACUUUCCUACAACAAGCGAAUCAAGAGAAGGCCAACCAGGAGAAGUAGAAAAGCUUAAAGAAGAAAUGCAAGAGAUGCGAGAUGAAUUGCAUCGACUUAAAACACUAUUUUCGGAUACAAUAUUGCUCAAUUCUCGAGUGGUUGCGGGCGAUAAUAAUUUGGUCGAUGCGCUUUCUCCGAACAUUCAUUCAUCGAAUGCGAGUCACGAGCCUACAAAUGGAGGACAUCAAAAAAGCUAAUUAAUUUUUUGUAAACAGUUGACAACUCAAGUGUUGACUAAUUUUGGAAGUGUUUAAACUUUACAUUACCUAGUUAUGUUGCUUCUAUGGUAUAGACUUUGAAUGAGGUCAUGUUUUGGAUUAUACACUAUCUUAAAUUAUGAAUUCUUGUGAAUGUGAACUUUA